AUGACACCUUACCCUAACACUUCUUACAGCUCUCAGCAAGAAGAUGAGGUUCAACUUUCUGAUGACAAACACUUUGCCCUACAUGGAAAGAUAUUGCUUUUGCUUUUUCUCUCUGCCUUCUCCCUUAUCUUUGUGUUCGUCCUCAUCAUACCCUGGCUGAAGAAACUUAGGGGUUCUCAUGAUUCAGGAACGGACGAAGAUUCCAAUACUGAGAGCCAGAACAACACUUCUACUCUUUCACACAACUGGUUCAGGAGAAGAAGAAAAGAAGAGGUCACACUAUGCCAACAUGCAACAGAAGAAAAUUAA